AUGUCCGCGAGCGGUAGCACCAGCAAAGACGCAAGCCCUUAUGUUUGCCUCUCGGCCCAUUGUGAUUUGCUGCAUUUCAUCGGCCCGGUGCCUCACCCUUACGGCGGGCCAAACCCGCAGACAAUUGCACAACGUGCCUCGCAAUACGUGCGUUUUUCGUGUGAAUCCUGUGAGAAGGCACCGACCGUGACAGUGAAAUGCGAGCACCCGCUGUUCCCGCCCAUUCCGGUUACGAGGACAACCGACGGGGUGCCAUCUUUCCCGCUAACUGGCAUUGAACUGGCGCGUUGGGCGUACCGGGAGAACUUUGAGUCUGUCGCGUCGCAACCGCAACUGAAUCCGCACGAGAAGAAAGUUGACGUGCCUCAUCCGCCCCUGCAAGGCGACUCCGCCAGAGUGACUCAUGAAUCCGCGUUUCCAGAACUAGCAUCAACAGCACCGCUGGAAGAACCCGAAUCGACCAUGGCGUCGGGGCGUUCUUCCUGUAUUGUGAAUUUUCACGCUCUGCGCCGCAUAUUCCUGCAGACAUUAUUCAUUUUGAAUCUCCCUCAUAGAAGUCCUGCGGUCUCAUUCAGAUUGUCCCUGCAUGAUCCCAGGCCUUUUGGUGUCACAAGUUUUUUUCUCCUCCCUCGGUGCGCGGAAAAGAUGGCGGCGUUGGCACAUCCCGCGAAAGUAACUCUUACCGUUGCAAGGACUACUGGCGGUGAUACACUUCAGUGCUCCUGUGACUGCCUCCAUAAGAAGGACGAAGAAGAGGAUAGGAUCAUUUCUUCGCAACUACUAUGGGAAUUAAAAGAGGGGGAUGAAAGAGAACAGUACGCCAAAGAUCCUGUUGAGUUGGAUUCGUUUCUUACGGGGACAAUGAUUCCAGUGCUCUUUGCCCUUCCUGAGGGUCUCGCUCAGCUCAUUGAAAAUAAGGGCGUUCAGACUUCACGGGCAAUUGGUUGGUCUCAGAGACGCUCAUUCCACCUCUUGGCGCUGAUUGCACACUGUGUGUGGUGCGAAAAGGUGGCUUGGUGUAUCAUGAGCCGUUUCAGUGUUUCAAUGGGUUUGUGUAGACGCCAGAAGGCGCGCCUGAAGUUACGGAACAGUGCCUCCUUGGAAUCUACUGACAAGUGGGAAUCGACACUGUUUUUUUACCCCACAGCGUUUAAUGAUGAUCGUCACCAAACAACGAGGGGACGUUUGGAGGCUAUUGACGUCACAGCCACUUCGUGUGCAGCAUUGAUUCAGGUGACAGUUUGGGGAUGCGAUGAGGAGAUGGAAUGGGAGUGGAAUGGCGAGACCCCUCACGCGUCCUCUGCGGGUCUGUGCGAUUUCACGGAGCUGCUUGAGAAGAAGAGAUACUGA